AUGGACCGGUGCAAGCAUGUGGGGCGGCUGCGGCUGGCCCCGGACCACUCCAUCCUCAACCCCCAGAAGUGGCACUGCGUGGACUGCAACACCACCGAGUCCGUCUGGGCCUGCCUGGGCUGCGCGCACGUGGCCUGCGGCCGCUACAUCGAGGAGCACGCCCUGCAGCACUUCCAGCAGCAGCGCCACCCGCUGGCCAUGGAGGUCAACGAGCUCUACGUCUUCUGCUACCUGUGCGACGACUACGUCCUGAACGACAACACCACCGGAGACCUCAAGCUGCUGCGCAGCACGCUCAGCGCCAUCCAGAGCCAGCGCUAUGAAGUGACCACCCGCAGCGGGCGCACCCUCCGCUCGGCCAGCGCCGCGCCGGACGCCCUCCUCCCGUGCGGCGCCAGCGAGCUGCAGCUGAGAGACGAGGACCGAAUGUUUACCGCCCUGUGGCACCGCCGCCGGGCCCUCAUGGGCCGCGUCUUCCGCCUCUGGUUCGGCCUGACCGAGUGCGGGAGGCGGAGGGAGGAGGAGGAGAGGAGGCGGGAGGAGGAGGAGGAGCAGAAGAGGGAGGCCAGGGAGAGGAGGCGCGCGCUGAAGAGGCAGCUACAGGAGGAGCUGGAGAACGCUCCCCUCAGGAAAAGCCGCCGCCUGCGCCGGAAGAGCCAGCGGGUGGCGGAGGCGGCGGCGGUGGCGGCGCCCGCCUCCCGACGGCCGCGCCGGCAGACCAAAACCCACGCGGCCCCCUCCCCGACCCGCCGCUCACGGACUCGAAGCCCUGCCGCCGCAGCCCCAAAGAAAGCCAAACAGACAAAAAAGCCCCCGCCGGCCUCCACGCCGCGCGGCCGCUCCGCCACUGCCAAGCCCCGGCCCAAAAGGCCCCCGGCGCCGCCCCGCCCCGCCCAGACCCCCCCGCGCCGCCGGCAGUGCGCCAAACAGGGCGGCUCCCCCUUCAAGCGGCGCCCCACGGUGACCCCCGGCGUGACCGGGCUGAGGAACCUGGGCAACACCUGCUACAUGAACUCCAUCCUGCAGGUGCUGAGCCACCUGCACGUCUUCAGGGAGUGCUUCCUGCGCCUGGACCUCACCCAGGCCCUGGAGCUGCUGGCCUCCGCCGUCCACGGCCAGCUGGCCGCCAAGGUCCCGCCGCCGUCCCCGCUGGCCCCGCGGAAGGGCCCGCAGGCCGGCUGGGGCCCCGGCGCCGGCCUGAGCGGCGGGGCCUCGCGGGCCCGCAGCAUGGAGCUGAUCCAGCCCAAGGAGCCCAGCUCCAAGCACAUCUCGCUGUGCCACGAGCUGCACACGCUCUUCCAGGUCAUGUGGUCGGGCAAGUGGGCGCUGGUCUCGCCCUUCGCCAUGCUGCACUCGGUGUGGCAGCUCAUCCCGGCGUUCCGGGGCUACGCCCAGCAGGACGCGCAGGAGUUCCUGUGCGAGCUGCUGGACAAGGUGCAGCGCGAGCUGGAGAGCACGGGCAAGCACCCCACCGGCGCCGGCGUCCCCCAGAAGAGGCUCAUCAAGCAGGUGCUCAGCGUGGUCAACACCAUCUUUCACGGCCAGCUUCUCAGCCAGGUGACGUGCCUGGCGUGCGACCACCGCUCCAACACGGUGGAGCCCUUCUGGGACCUGUCCCUGGAGUUCCCCGAGCGUUACCACAGCAACAGCAGGGAGUCGGCGGCCCAGGGCUCGUGCCACCUGACCGAGAUGCUGGCCAAGUUCACCGAGACCGAGGCGCUGGAGGGCAGCAUCUACGCCUGCGACCACUGCAACGCUGCCAGACGCCGGACCUCGUCCAAACCCAUCAUCCUGACCGAAGCACAGAAACAGCUGAUGGUCCAUAAACUGCCUCAGGUCCUCAGGCUUCACCUCAAACGUUUCAGGUGGUCCGGGCGGAACCACCGGGAGAAGAUCGGCGUCCACGUCAGCUUCGACCAGCUCCUGAACAUGGAGCCCUACUGCUGCAGGGAGCCGCUGGCCAGAGGCAGCCCCGGCUCCCCGCCGGCCGCGCUGGGCCCGCCGGCCUCGCCGGGCUCGCCGCGGCCAAAGCACUUCCUGUACGAGCUGUCGGCCGUGGUCAUGCACCACGGGAAGGGCUUCGGCUCGGGCCACUACACCGCCUACUGCUACAACACAGAAGGAGGCUUCUGGGUUCACUGCAACGACUCCAAGCUGAACGUGUGCUCAGUGGACGAGGUCUGCCGGGCACAGGCCUACAUCCUCUUCUACACACAGCGAGCGACUCAGGACAAAGACCGGCCACUAUAG